AUGGCUGCCGCUCAAGAGCUUCCCCAAACCCACCGGGCCCUAAUCUUAACAUCUACCACUGCGCCUCCAGAGAUCAAAACCAUCCCCACCCCCCACGCCGUUCCUGGAAGUGUGGUCGUCCGCAUGCAAGUUUGCAACGUAGUAAGCUACGCCAGCAAAAUCUAUAAUGGGACCCUCAAUUUCCCCCUCCUAAUACCAUCAGUGAUAGGAUCCAGCGGAAUAGGCCGAAUCGUUACCGUCGGACCAGAUGCCACGUCAUUGAAGCCAGGCCAACUAGUAUUAGUGGAUUCCUUUAUCCGUGCCCGUGACAACCCAUCCGUUGCAUUCUUGUUGGGCAUUCAUGAGGGCUUCUCAGAUGGAAGCAGGGUCCUAGCAAGAGGGGAGUGGAGGGAUGCUACUUAUGCUGAAUACGCAAAACUACCUCUGGAGAACUGCUAUCCACUUGACGAAAGCAAACUGCUCUCCCACGGUUUGGGGUAUACAAUUGAGGAGCUUGCAGAUAUCUCCCGCCUUGCGGUUCCCUAUGGAGGACUAGCAGACAUCGAUAUCAAAGCCGGCGAGACGGUGAUCGUCGCCCCAGCUACGGGGCCCUUUGGCGGCGCCGCAGUCCGAGUCGCGCUUGCGAUGGGAGCCAGAGUCAUUGCUAUGGGACGCAAUGCCGAGGUUCUGAAACGGAUAAAGGAGAACAAUGAGAGGGUGGAGGUUGUUCCAAUUACGGGAGAUGCCGAAGGGGAUUUGAAAGCUCUAAAGCAAUUCGGGCCUAUUGACGCGUAUUUUGACAUCUCGCCUCCCGCAGCAGCUGAGAGCACGCAUCUGAGGAGCGCUAUGCUUGCGCUUGAGCAUGGCGGUCGGGUGUCACUGAUGGGCGGGAUUCGGAGCGAUAUAUCGAUUCCGCAUGCAUUGGUUGUACACCAGGAGUUGCAACUGAAGGGGAAGUGGAUGUACAGUCGGGAACAGAUGAGAGGGCUGAUUAAGAUGGUAGAGGGAGGAAUAUUGAAGAUUGGCAGUGGAAGUGGGAGGAUUGUUCAGAAGUUCGCCUUGGAGGAUUGGCAUAAGGCUUUUGAGGCCGCGGAGGGAACCCUAGGGACGGAGAAACUGGCUAUAAUUCUGCCUUGA